AUGGCAGCGGAGCACGAGAGCCCAGCGGUGGCGCCGCGUGCAUCGAAGCGUGGGCUGGACGACGCGGCGCCCGUCCAGGAUGACGCUGCCAAGAGACAGAGAGGGGCUGCUGGGGCGAGUGAGGCGUCGCCUAAAGACCAGGCUUCUGGGGACGCGUCUGCCAAAGAGGCGCCUCACAACCAGGCUUCUGCGGACGCGUCUGCCAACGAGUCGCCUCACAACCAGACUUCUACAGACGCUUCGGCCCAAGAGUCGCCUCACAACCAGGCUUCCACGAAAACCUCCGAGGCGCCUAAAGACCAGUCAUCGCGAGAGACUUGUGCGACAUCGCAUGCCUCGCCUCCUGCUGUAGCGCCAAAAGAAAAAGGGGACGACAAAUCGUCGGCCACAGAGCAUACAGCUCCCAGCGAGGGGACCAAGUCCAAGGGCCCGGCACUGGGCUUCGGUGCCUUUGCCUCGCGCUCCGCCCCCUUUCAGUCGGCAACGGCGCUCACAGCCAAGGCCGACGCGGCAUCUGACCAAAAGGAAAAGGACUGGGCCACAGACAAGGCUGCUGCGCCCAUCAAGAACGAUGGCGAUAAUGUCGUGCGCAUGAAGGAAGUGCCCAAGCCCGAUGUCGAGCUGACCACGGGCGAAGAAGAGGAAGAGACAGUGGCUUCGGCGCGAGCCAAGCUGUACUCGCUCGCAGAAAACCAGGUGUGGAAGGAGCGUGGCACGGGCGCCAUCAAGAUCAACGUACACAGGCCUAGCGCCUCGGCCCGGCUGGUGAUGCGUCUCGAUGCUGUGCUCAAGCUCAUUCUGAACGUCAAGCUGUUCCCCGGCAUGCAAUGCCACCUCGAUCAGGAGCGGUUCCUUCGUGUCGUGGCCAUGGAGUCGGACGGCCUCACGCACUUCCUGCUCAAGUUCGGCAAUGCGGCCGAUGCACACGCCUUCCUUACGCAUCUCCAGGAACACAUACCCGCAAGCUCAUAG